AUGACGCGGGGUGUGUGCUCCAUGCAGAUGACGAUAUCAAGCAGCAUCAAACAACGAGAUGAGCAACAGUUGCCCACCACUUUUUCGAACACCUUAUUAAAAUCAACGGAAGAGUUGAAGUCUCCCCCUCAAGCAAGAAUUCCCAUCGAAGCUCCUCCUAUUCAAGGCGAGAACAGAACCCAGGCCCGGCGGAAGCCGACCGACACGGUUCACAUCAGUAAACUUGACACCGCUCAAUGCCGAGCUGAUUCGAUAACUAGUUAA